CUACACCCGGAUGUAUUUUCGAGUAACCGAAUAAUAGUUACUUCUUACACUCACUCACACAAUAUUGGUGAUAUCUUGUGUAGCACCUCUCUUCACACCCUUUCCCUCUCUUAGCCGUGUGUAAAACCCACACACAAAUACAUGGAAAAACAUUUCUCUUAUAAGAGGUGAAGGCUAACAAAAAAAACAUCUCCAUCCCAUUAUUUUCGUACACCACCAAAAAACCAAGGGAAGGAGACAAGCUCCACUUCACAUGCGUGGCAUCAUGGGUCCACUUCACAUGCAUUUGUGCGUAUGCAUGCAUAUUCUCCUUUUUUUUUCUUUUUUUAAUAAACCAAUCUCUGAACCUUCACCUUCAAACCUUCAAACUCAACAUCCGUCAUUUUUUUGUCCUCUGAACCUUCACCUUCAAAGCUUUGAUUGUCCCUUCCCGAGUAAGAACACUUUUUACUCGUUGUUGCCACAGAGUAAAAUCACCACGUUCAUCGAAAGGUUCGACGGAAACAUUCGAACUUUUUACUGAUGCCAUUUUUCAAGUCCCUUGACUUUCUUCUCUUACCGCUUAGAAAUCCCUCCGCCCCAAAUGUAACUUGGCUCUGAUACCAAUUGUUGAAAUUUUAAGUGCGUAAGACUAUUAAAAUAUCAACAACGUGAAAAAUAAAUAAACACACUACACAAGAAGAAAAUAUGAUAGAAAAAUUAUAUCUUCACUAUUUCAGAACGAUACACAAAAAACUCUCCUUGUUUACAAGUGCUAAAUACCAGACACUUAUAAACAGAUUUUUCACACCCUACACCCGAAUGUAUUUUCGAGUAACUGAAUAAUAGUUACUUCCUACACUCACUCACACAAUAUUGGUGAUAUCUUGUGUAGCACCACUCUCUUCACACCCUUUCCCUCUCUUAGCCGUGUGUAAAACCCACACACAAAUACAUGGAAAAACAUUCCUCUUAUAAGAGCUUAGUUUUAAAAAAACUCUCGAAAAAGAAAGGAAAAACUACACAAGUAACCAGUGCCUGAGAUCUUAAAGCAAGCUCAGCUCCAUCAACAACCGCUUCGUCGAACGCACGGCUUCCCUCUAUCCCAGUCUCCUCCCGACGGAAAGAAGCCCCAAAAGCCAUCGACCUGCUCCAACCGGCACAUCUUCACCGGAUUAACCUCCGGCGAAUUCUUGACGCCUUUAACAAUAUACAUCCAUCUCACUGCGGCCUGAAAAAAAACCCAACUCCAAGCAUAAGCUACGUGGUUUACACCAGUCCGAGUGCCUCUGUGUCCGCCACUCAAUUUCUCAUCAGUUUGUUGGGAAUGGACGAGGAGCUUGAAAAGGAUGCUGGGGAUACAAAAAGCAAAGUGGCUGCCACACAUACCAAGGCUGUGGUAAAGACAAACAAGAAGAAGAAAGGUCUGAUAUCAAGAAUGUGGAAUGCACUCUUCAGAUCUGGCAGAGAUGAUUUUGAGAAGAGAUUGCAACACAUUUCCAAAGAGGAGGCUGCCGUUAUUCAGAGAAUUACAAGGCGUUCUCAAAGUUUUAGUAGGAUCUUAAGAAACCUCAUUAUACUUUCUGUACUUUUCGAGGCUAUUUCUGUGGGUUAUGCUAUCAUGACUACUAGAUCCCUUGACCUAAAUUGGAAACUGAGAGCUCUGCGCGUUUUGCCAAUGUUUCUAUUACCUGGACUAUCUUUCGUUUUGUAUUCAGCACUUGGAAGCUUCAGAAGGAUUUGUGACAACAAGGAUAACAAAACCUUGGAAAGGCUCCGUGCUGAAAGGAAAGCAAAGAUUGAUGAACUCAAGGAGAGGACGAAUUACUAUAUUACACAACAACUCAUUCAGAAGUACGAUCCUGACCCUGCUGCUCAGGUUGCAGCUGCCACUGUGCUGGCUUCCAAGCUUGGUGCGGAUAGUGGGCUGAAGGUGUUCGUGGGAGACGAGACUCAACAUAAUGCCCCUCCUGCUGGAAAGAGUAAUGAUGCUGAGGUUGUAAAUUCCACUGGACUUCGAAACAGAAAACAACCGACUACCAGAUCAGUUGGGUCUGGAAGGAGUACCACAACGGCAGUGGUCCAUUCCGAAGAAAACAAAGUUCCCUCUCAAGCAAUGCUAGUAGAGGGUUCUGAUGCGACGGAGCAUCAUCCGCUGGUCGUUGAGCAUCACAACCCAACAAGCUCAACCCCACAAAAUGGAGGGUGGAUCUCGCGUAUCGCGGCACUGCUCGUGGGCGAGGAUCCAACACAGUCCUAUGCACUUAUUUGCGGCAACUGUCAUAUGCACAACGGGCUUGCUAGGAAAGAAGACUUCCCCUACAUUACAUACUACUGCCCACAUUGCAAUGCCUUGAAUAGGCACAAACAAUCUGAAGACCGCUCCUCCGGCUCCAACACCCCGGGCUUAAGCUCUUCUGUGAUGACCGAUGCUGAGGUGAGUAAUAAUUCUAGUCCAUCUCCCGUUGCAGAGAAUAACAUCUCUGGCGCUAGAGACAGCUUGCCUGGCUCUGUUGGGACAGAAGGCCACACAAUUCCUGAUGUUCCCAAUACAUAGCUUGACCGACCUGUGCUUCUUUCGAUUGGGUUCUCCUUGUGGGGGACAUACAAAAACAGCAGGUUGCCUUGUAUCUUGUUUUUUUAUUUACAUUUAAAACAAAAACUUGUGAUCGAAAGUGUUGUACUGUACCAAUUGUUUUACUAUGCGGCAGAUAGUCGGUCUUUCCCGGGUGCAAGAAUUGUUCAUUUGAGUUUUUCAUUUUCUCAAUGAAAUUUUGUCCAGCUAUAUAUAUAGUUCAUGUAAUGCCAGGCUUCUUAUUGUGAACAUAAAGUUUUAUAGAAGCG